CUCUUCCAUGAUUCCAUCAGUUCAAGGCCUUCAGAAUUGCCUAGGAAGCUUAGGUAGCUUUUCCCACACAGCACAAAGCCUCAACGCCAAUCAUGCCGGUAGACGCAUGCACGCGACAUCGAUGCAGCGUGUCGCUAUGCGAAACCCAUCAUUUAUAUGUUCUUGCAUCGUCCGGGCCCUUACCCGUAUCACAUACAUAGAAUAGACUACUUUACCUAGAAAACGAU